UUCUGAUAUCGAGGGUUAUUUGACUGGAUUUAAACACGGACUGUUGAGAAGUCCGUGACACUCGAAGCUGACAAGGAAAACAUACCCUUAUUGGUUUACGAAUGACAAUGGCGCUGUACCUCCUAUUCCUGAGCCUCCUGCUUCUGGCCUUCACCACCGCCGGAGGAACAUGUACUGAAAAAGACACACGUUGCGAAUUCUGGUUGGUAGUCGAGAGGAAAAUGACCAUGAUCAGUCCCCAAGGAAACCAGCUUACCAAAGGGGACAAAGGUCAACUCUACUACGCUUCUGAUAACCCGCAGACGGCAGCCUCUGUUCCGGUGGAGGGGGUCAUCACUGCGGACGGAUACAUAGAAAAUAGGAUGGUUUACGUCGUAAAUGGAACUUUUCCUGGGCCUGAUAUCGUCGUCUUUGAGGGCCAGGAUGUUAUAGUGCACGUGCAAAACAAACUGGCAGCCGAACCGCUGACCAUCCACUGGCAUGGCAUUCACCAGAAAGGCACUCCAACCAGCGAUGGGGUUGACAUGCUCACGCAAUGGCCGAUUCUUCCCGAGAAUACGUACACAUACAAGUUCAAGGCGGAUCCCCCGGGCACCCACUGGUACCAUUCACACACUGAAUUCCAAAUUUCCAUGGGCGUCCAUGGCGCAUUCAUCGUAAAGAGAAAAGAAGAGUACCACAAAUCGGACGCUGAGCUGACCAUGUUUAUUUCCGAUUGGAAUCACUUCCAUACGACACGUGAUCUUUUCGCGAGGUGGACAUUUGGUUACUACGAAAAUGGCCAAAGCAUCCAUGCUCCACCAGGACUUGAUGGUUUUACAUACGGCCGCUUCAAGAUGCAUUCCGGUUUGUUAAACGGCAGAGGGCGCUACAUUGAUCCAGAAACUGGCAAAAACAAUGGAGCCCCGCUCUCUCGUUUCUAUGUCAAAAGUGGCGACGUCCUCCGCAUACGACUUGUCAACUCCGCCGGCAUGUUGCCUUUCCGUUUCGCAAUCGAAUCGCACAAGUUUAAAGUAAUCUCUAGCGAUGGAGCAGACAUGGAGGAGAUAGAAGUUGAUGGACUUUUCAUCUAUCCUGGCGAAACGUACGAUAUUUUGAUAACAGCUAACCAGGCCUCAGGAAGCUACAAAAUUGUCGGCAAGACCCUUCUUCUCCACGACGAUUUUCUAGCCGAAGGAGUGCUGCAAUAUUCUGACGCACAGGACAACUACGACCUCAAGGACGGUGACAUCUUAACAUGCAAUGCCGAAGCCCCUUGCACGUUUUUCAAUUGUCCGACGUCUGACGUCCGAGUUGCCUUCGAACAGUACUCUAAAUGCAUAAAUAUUGACGAAGCGAAAGGUAUACACGUACAGGACCACGUGUACGACCGUUCUGCCAGACCGAGGGAAAUCUUCCUUAACUUCGCCUAUCCAAGACCACCAAUGCAUACCCCACAGGCAUCGGUAAAUGCGAUCCGGUUCCACGCUCCAUCGUCGCCGGUCCUUCUUACGAAUGAAAUCGAACACCAAUGUCCGAAAGGUUGUGCCGAACACUUCUGCCAGUGCACCCACACUGUCGAAUUGAAGAAAGACGAGAUGAUCCAAAUGGUCCUCCUAAAUGCUGGCGCUGGUGCGGGAACUGUCCACAGCAUCCAUCUACAUGGACAUUACUUCCAUGUUUUGAAGAUGGGGUAUGGUGUCUAUAAUGCAACCACUGGAGCCUAUGUCUCAACUAGCGUAGACAUAGCAUGUGCGUCUAGCGAUCCCUACUGCACAAACGCAACCUGGGCUGAUCCAUCAUAUCGCCCAAAAUUGAGCGAGAUAGGGAAAUUCCGUGGACACGUGAAAAAGGAUACGAUUUUAGUACCCUCGGGCGGAUACGUUGUAACUAGAUUCAAGGCUGACAAUCCUGGGAUGUGGAUGAUGCAUUGCCACCAAGAGCUGCACCUUGCGGACGGGAUGGCAAUGGUGUUUGUUGAAGCAAAAGACGACAUCCCAGGAAUCCCCGCAGAGACUCCAUUUUUCAACUCCUACGGGAACUUCCGAAAUCACGCUGAAUAGAAGAGUCAUCUCAAGAUUAAAGCAUAUUGGGUGAUAUGAAUAAAGACUAGCAAAUGCUUUUAUCUACAACUCCAUGUACAUUUACACCAGACCUUUCUGUACAAAAUUGAAGUAAAAGCAUUUGCUAGACUUUAUUCAUAUCAGCCAAUACAGAGGGCGACCGAAAAUCCUUUCUUUUCAUAAAAUGCGUCUAUUAUAUUUAUUGCUAAAUAAAACUAAAGGUCCAUACCGUCAUAAAUUCGAAUGGCGAUGCCGCAAGUCAAACAGACUGGGUACUGUUGAUUAAACUAUAACUAUGUAUAGGUCUAACACAGGCAAAUGCACCCCAUACAGAGACACGUGCCAAGUCGAGCAUUGCGUUCCACAGACCAGUGCCUCCUGUCGUCGCAGAGAACUAAGACCAUAAGACAUGGAAAUCGAUAUUUUCAGCAGGUGGCACCUGGCCACUUGGCCGUAAGACAGUCUUCCAGUCUCCAUGUAUACAGGGCACUCAAAAACCUCUCUGAGAAUGCCCACCAUCACGCCAUACGGGUAAUUAAAUAGUCAAUUUUGCCUCUUUAUGGCACUCAGACUUGGGCCUAUUGGCCUGGUCACAUUAUAGGUUCAGUAUGUUUCAAAAUAUGAAUGGUUGAGGAUG